GUUCUUUCACCUUGAGAAACGCCGAGCAUGUUCUUCCCUUUUGGUUUUCCAUCUCCAGCUCUUUGCACAUGUCAUUGUAAUACUUUACUCUGUCUUCUGGAGACACCUUUUGAAAUCUUCUGUUUAGUUCUUUUACUUCAUCAAUUCUUCCUUUUGCUUUAGCUGCUUGAUGUCCGAGAGCAAGUUUCAGAGUCUCUUUUGACAUCCAUCUUGGUGUUUUCUUUCUUUCCUGUCUUUUCAAUGACCUCUUGCUUUCUUCAUGGAUGAUGUCCUUGAUGUCAUUCCACAACUCAUCUGGUCUUCGGUCAUUAGUGUUCAAUGUGUCAAAUCUAUUCUUCAGAUGGUCUCUAAAUUCAGGCGGGAUAUACUCAAGGUCAUAUUUUGGCUCUCGUGGACUGGCUCUGAUUUUUUUCAGUUUCAGCUUGAACUUGCAUAUGAGCAAUUGAUGGUCUGUUCCACAGUCGGCCCCUGGCUUUGUUCUGACUGAUGGUAUUGAGCUUUUCCAUUGUCUCUUUCCACAGAUGUAGUCAAUUUGAUUUCUGUGUGUUCCAUCUGGCGAGGUCCAUGUGUAUAGUCACUGAUUAUGUUGGUGAAAGAAGGUAUUUGCAAUGAAGAAGUUGUUGGCCUUGCAAAAUUCUACCAUUCGAUCUCUGGCAUUGUUUCUAUCACCAAGGCCAUAUUUUCCAACUACUGAUCCUUCUUCUUUGUUUCCAACUUUCACAUUCCAAUUGCCAGUAAUUAUCAAUGCAUGUUUUUUUUUUUCCAGCCUGCUCUGCUUCUCUUUUAGUUUUCCCCUUCCAAAUCAAUAGAACUCACAUCCAUAAAUCCAACGAGUUAAAGACAUAGAUAGAAGUCGUCCUCCUUCACCUUCAUUCCCCAUCUCUUGUCUGUCACCGGGUCCAGUUGGUUUUGUGUGUCUUCUUGAGCCAGUUUCGGCAAGUUUAAUUUUUCUAGGAAAUUGUUUUAUAUAAGUUUUCAAAUUUAUUGGCUAAGUGAUUCACAAUAUUCUAUUUUUAAAAUCUCAGUUUUGAUUAUCUCAUUUACUUAUAUCUCUUAUUUAUCAAUGCAUCUUGAUUGCAUGUUUCAUCAAUUUCAGACUGCAGCAGCUGAUGAAAAUCUUCAAUUUCUUCAUCUUUGGCCCUAGUGGUUGGUGCAUAAAUUUGAAUAAUAGUCUUAUUAACUGGUCUUCCUUGUAGGCGUAUGGAUAUUAUCCUAUCACUGACAACGUUGUACUUCAGGAUAGAUCUUGAAACGUUCUUUCUGACGAUGAAUGCAACACCAUUCCUCUUUAAGUUGUCAUUCCCAGCAUAGUAGACUAUAUGAUUGUCGGAUUCAAAACGGCCAAUACCAAUCCAUUUCAGCUCACUAAUGCCUAGGAUAUCGAUGUUUAUGUGUUCCAUUUCAUUUUUGAUGAUUUCUAAUUUUCCUAGAUUCAUACUUCGUACAUUCCAGGUUCCAAUUAUUAAUGGAUGUUUGCAGGUGUUUCUUCUCAUUUUGAGUCGUGCCACAUCAGCAAAUGAAGGUCCCAAAAGCUUUACUCCAUCCACAUCAUUAAGGUCGACUCUACUUUGAGGAGGCAGCUCUUCCCCAGUCAUCUUUUGAGUGCCUUCCAACUUGGGGAGCUCAUCUUCCAGCACUAUAUCAGACAAUGUUCCACUGCUAUUCAUAAGGUUUUCACUGGCUAAUGCCUUUCAGAAGUAGACUGCCAGGUCCUUCUGCCUAGCCUGUCUUAGUCUGGAAGCUCAGCUGAAAUCUGUCCUCCAUGGGUGACCCUGCUGUUAUCUGAAUACUGGUAGCAUAGCUUCCAGCAUCACAGCAACACGCAAGCCCCCUCAGUACGACAAACUGACAGACACGUGGGGAAUUUGAAGUCCUAGGUCAGGCAAAAUGAAUGCACACUAAUAAAAGUCAGAACGAUGGUUGCCCUUGCAGGUCAAGGCUGUUACUGGCUGGGAAGAUGCAUGAAGGGGCCCUCUAGGAUGAUGGAAAUGUUCUAAGUCUUGAUCCAGUGGGUGUUGCAGGGCUGUGCACACACAUAAAAUCAUCAAGCUGUACACUUAAGGUUAGUGUACUCUACUGUAUGCAACCACUAUUUUGUCCGUUUGUUGUAGUGUGGUGGCUUGUGUGUUGCUAUGAUACUGGAAGCUAUGCCAUCGAUAUUUCAAAUACCAGUAGGGUCACCCAUGAUGGACAGGUUUCGGUAGAGCUUCCAGACUAAGAGCAGGAAGAAAGGCCUGAAGAUCUAUUUCUAAGAAUUAGUCUAUGAAAACCCUACGAAUCACAAGAGGACACUGUUUGACACACUUGCUUUAGACAUAUCAGGAGAAUCAACUGCUUGAGUAGGACGUCACGUUUGGUGAAGUUGAAGGCCAGGGGUGAAAGAGACCCUCAGUGAGAUGGAUUGGCACAAUAGCCACAACAUUUGCCUUGAACAUGCUGGCAACCGUGAGGAUGACACAGGACCAGGCAACAUUUCAUUCUGUUGUACAUGAGGUUGCCGCGAGUUGGAGUUGACUUGAUGGCAGCUAUCUGCGCAUGUAUCCAUCCAUCCACCCACCCACCCAUCUAUCUCCACUGUACACCUCAGGAAAAAGCCAGUUCCAAGCCCUUGCUAUAACUGCUCAUGGAGACUUCUGGCUCUUGUUCGCAGAAGGCUUUUUGAGACAAGGAUCCUGACAUCAAUAGGCUGAUUUGCAUGUCUUGUUGUGGUCCACUGGUUUCCCAGCAGUACCCUGCAGCAGCUGGAGCAGGGCCCAGCAGAAUGACACCCAUCUGCCCCCUGCCUCUGCCCAUGGCCACCCGAUGCCUGGUCCUCCUCGUUGGGGCACUCCUGGCAGCCUCCCAGCCAGGUCUAGCCCAGCCAGAUGCACUGCUGGUCUUCCCAGGCCAGAAGGCCCAGCUUGCCUGCAUGCUCAGCACCCCCCACCCUGCCAUCAGGAACUACGGUGUAUCCUGGUACCAGCAGCGGGCAGGUAGCGCCCCCCGGUUCCUCCUUUACUACCGCUCAGAGGAUGAACAGCACCGGCCUGAAGAUGUCCCAGCCCGCUUCUCAGCAACCAGGGAUAUGGCCCACAAUGCCUGCAUCCUGACCAUCAGCCCUGUGCAGCCCGAGGAUGACGCAGAUUACUACUGCUCUGUGGCCUAUGGCUCCAGCCCCUAGGGAUGGAGCGUGGAGGAGUGCUCUUGUCUGCCUCCCACUCUGCCCUUGCUUUCCCUUCUCUGAUUAAAAAAAAAAAAAAAAAUUUUUUUUUUUUUUUUUAAUUCAACCUGUCAAUCACAGCUAUUGUGAGGAGCAUGAAGUCCCAGCUGGGAAAGUGA